UAUUCGAAAAUUGUUUGGUAUCGAAAUUAUGAAAAAUAUUAAGAAAGCGAGUUGUAACAAUCAAAGUAUAAAACGAUUUUUGUCGCCACAGCAUUCAAACAUUCCUUGUAAAAGGCAAUGCAACCCAACCAAACAGCAUGAUGAAAUGGAAAAGAGAGAAAAUAAUUUGCAACUUGUGGCCGGUAAAGAACAGGACUUAAAUACUAACAAUAAUGCAGUGAAUAAGUUCGACUGGAACAGCUUUGUGCGAGAUCCUGGCGUAUUACAAGAGAGCCGAUACCCAGUAACCCUCAACACUUUCAAAAGUAUGACCCAUUCUAUGAGUAUCGUUAAUUGCAUACUCGAGGAUAUCAAAAUUGCAACAAGUCUCGACUUUAUAAACGAUGAACUGAUGAAAGAGCGAGUUUUAAAAAACUUCUUUAUUCAAUUCUAUGAAAAUCCACAAAUUCGUAAUAUAUAUAAGCUGGAAACAAAACCAUGUCCAACAUUUUUAAAAAAGAAAAUAAUGCAGAUACCAACAUUGGAAAUUAUUGAAGUCAAAGAUAGUGAUACUAAUGCUGCUACAGUAGCAACUGCAAAUAYUGCGCAUGUUGAGGCCAUAAACAAUUCAGCAAAAUUGAGAGUACCUGUAAAACAAUCACUCAAAACCUUAAGCAAACCAACGGAGCUAGAGCGAGUUGAAGCACAAUCAUCUAAGUCGCAAGAAAACGAAAUACCGACACAACAGACUAAUGAAAAGUCUAACAUACUAUACCUAUCGAAAAAUAUGUUGCUUAUGGAUGAAUCAUUUUUACGYCGACAUGUGGGUCGUAACACUCAACAAAUUGAAAAACUAGAUAUUAUUUUAGAGCGAAUAUAUGCUGAAUUGCUGCCACGUAAACAAUUGGCGCAAACUAAAGAAGUAAAAUCAAAACCUACAAAAGUGCACGAAAUAUCAAAUGAAGUCUGCAUCGACAUUAGCAAUAGUCCGGAAGAGGCAUCAGCUGCAAUAGCCAAGGGACAGCGUAUAGAGCAAGCUAAGCAAUUAUUUCUUACAGAGUACACAAAGAAAAAUACGUUAGCAUAUGCUUUGCGUUUUCAUAAUGGCCUAAAGCGGCGUAUAAUAUCGGCGAUUCUGGAAAUGUCUAUUGACGAGUUCAAAAAAUAUACCAAAAUUCAUGAUGUGCCAGAAAUGUAUGAUGAUCCAAAAUUGCUGCGCGAUUGUUACAAUUAUGCGAUCAAAGCACCUCAAAUUUGGCCUGUCAAUCUGUAUAUGGAGUUGUGUGAUAUAUUUGAAUACCUCGAAAUAAAAGGUGUUUCAGGUGUUAGUGUUGAUAAUUUAGAAGAUAUUUCACCAAUGCUGCUGCAUUGGACUGAACUAGCUGUGAUAACGAAUUUCGAUGAAAUUGUGCAAUGGGAUUUUUACCGUUGUAAAGGUGAAAAGUUUCAACAAUUCACGCAAUUAGAUGUGUAUCGGAAAAGGUUUUAUGAGAAAUGUUGGMUGCACAACACUUGGUUGCGAGAAGUGCCGAAGUUGCAUGUGGAGAUGCCAAAAAGGUUAACUAGGGGAAAGGAAGUUGUCGAGAAUGAUAAUGUAAGCGAAGUAGCAGCUGUUAAUGUAGCAACCACUAAUGUAAAUCCGGCAAAUGCAACAGAGCAAUCACAAAUACAUAAUACUACAAAAGAUGAGUCUACAAAUGCAAUGAACGUAGAUUGCGCUGAGCAAAGCGUUGAAGCAGAAACCAAUAAUACUUCAAGUGUUCCUACCAAUGUAGCAAAGGCUGCGCAUGCGCCAGCUGCUAGUGCUGGUCACUUAGCGGAGACGAAUGAAGCAAUAUUGUCACAUAAUCCUAACGCAGCAAGUUCAGUUGAACCAGCAAUAACUGUAAAAGAAAAACAAAAUAGUUUACUUGAAGCAACUUUAAAUGUACAGACAACAAAAGCAGUGGUAGAAAUAAUUACAAACUCAAAAGAAAAUGCUGCGACAAGUAACCUAGAAGCAGAAGCACAACAACGCAUACAGGCAGCGCAGAAAUUGUACUUUUAUGAAGUAGAGAAAUCAUAUACUCUACCAUAUCUACUACGCCUACAUAACGGUUUGAAGCGACGCAUACUACACGCCAUUCUAAAUAUGACCUACACAGAAUUCAAACAAUACACACACAUAYACGAGGCAGCGGAAAUUUACGAAAAUAACGAGCUUUUACAGCAUUGCUACGAUUUUGUGGUGCGAAAACCCCAAGUAUGGCCCGUUAAUCUCUAUAUGCGCUUGGCGGAUCUUUAUAAGUUUCUGAAAAUCAAAGGCCUCACACUGUCCGCAGCUGACCUAAAGCAUGUCUCACCGAAACUUUUACAUUGGCACGAUCUAAUUGCGACCACUAAUUACGAUUACCUACUAUUUUGGGACUAUUACCGACGUAGUGGUAAAAAGAUGGCUAAAAAUACAACUCGUCUGAAUUCAUAUCGUCAAAAGUUUUAUGAAAAAUGUUGGCUUUAUGACAGCUGGAUAUGGCAUACACCCAAAAUAUGCGACAAUGUACUCACCGAUGACUUUGUGGCGGUUGCGGCAGCAGAAGAUAAGGAGAAUGCCAACUUUGAAAUAGCAGUUAUGACACAUGCACUGGAGGAGCGGGAUGAGGAAACGACAGAAACAGAAGAACCAAACAGAAAAAUGACAGAAGGCGAAGAGAUAAAUGGCGCAAGAAUUGAACCAUCGCCAGUGCGARCGAUUGCGAACGAAAAUGUGGAGCCGCACAAAAAUUCCACAGGAAGCGUUAGUACGGUUGAUGCGGGAAUACAAACAUCAGAACAUUUAUUACACGCCGCAUGUGCCAAMGCGUCAACAGUUUCGMGCGRGACAGCAGUGCCAGCAGAAAAUCGUAAGUUGAUAAAUCCUUAMAUUUCUUAUAAAAAGUGCUAUUAG